GAGCACUGCAGAAGAAUAGAGCAGAGAGCAGCAAGAGCAUACCUGUCAGCCUCUGUCAUUUACUGGCAUGGCAGCAACGUUUUAAGUGCUUGCAUUUUGAGCUUGUGAGAUUUGCUCUUGGCUUUGGUUUUAUGUUCCUAAGUUGCUGGAGAAUGUGAACUGCAGCUCACAGGUGUGUUGGCACCUUGUCAUCUGGACUGCCUAGUGCCUCGCUGGUUUCACCAUUAUUGUCAUUCUCCCAUUUGCUUCUUCAUUAUAGCUGCUGUCCUGAUAAAAGGGACUUGCAGCAGCUUGGCAGGCCAGGCAGUGGGAACUUCAGGGGCUGCUACUGCUCUGCUGUUAUUUUCAGCUGCAGUUUUCCAGGCUUUCAACGAGGAGACCUGUCAUGCAUCAGCUGCCAAGUUAGAAGACUAAUACUGAACUGCGAGUGAAUAAGUGUGUCCAAAAUCUACAAUGACAGCCAUGAAGGAGCAGCCUAACAUGGGUAGGGGAAGCCAGCAGCAACAAGACCAGGAAAUAGGAGGUGCAAGCCCUCCGCAGAGAAACUGGAAGGGAAUUGCUAUUGCACUGCUCGUGAUCCUUGCAGUCUGCUCUCUCAUCACUAUUUCAGUCAUCCUUUUAACUCCAGAUGAUGCUUUGAAAACAUCAGAUGCUCGCCUGUCCUUGGAUGGUCUAUUUAGAAUAGAAUUCACCAUUCAUGACCCUGAAGUAAAAUGGAUAAAUGAUGCUGAGGUGGUGUACCGGGCCAGAGAUGGUCAUGUGAUCAAACUGAAUAUAAUAAGCAAUGAAACAACAGUGUUGUUGGAAAACAGCACAUUUGUAACUUUUAAAGCAACAAAAUACUCUGUCUCCCCAGAUCUCAGAUUUGUUCUUCUUGCAUAUGAUGUCAAGCAGGUUUUUCACUUCUCCUUCACUGCAUCAUAUGCUAUUUAUGACAUACAUACCAGGGAAGUGAGAGAACUCAAUCCCCCAGAGGUGGCAAAUUCAGUGUUACAGCACGCAGCCUGGGGCAUAGCAGGACAACAGCUGGUGUAUAUUUUUGAAAAUAAUAUCUACUACCAGACGGAAGUAAAAAGCAGUGCAUUGCGUCUUACUUCAUCAGGGAAGGAGGGAAUAAUCUACAAUGGGAUUGCAGACUGGUUGUAUGAAGAAGAGCUGAUUCAUUCCCAUGUCACUCAUUGGUGGUCCCCCAAUGGAGAGCGUCUGGCGUUUCUGAUGAUCAAUGAUUCCUUGGUGCCUAAUAUGAUAAUUCCGCGAUUUACUGGUAAUCUGUAUCCAAAAGGAAAACAGUACCCAUAUCCUAAGGCAGGCCAAGUCAAUCCAAUAGUGAAGCUAUUUGUAGUGAAUCUUUAUGGACCAACUCACACCCUUGAAUUAAUGCCACCAGAGAGCUUCAAAUCCAAGGAAUAUUAUAUCACAAUGGUGAAGUGGGUCAGCAACACCAAGACAGUAGUAAACUGGUUGAACAGACCUCAGAAUGUUUCUAUUCUUACGACAUGUGAAAUAACCACUGGGGCUUGUUCUAAGAAGCAUGAAGCAGUCUCUGAAGUCUGGCUUUCUAAACAGAAUGAGGAACCAGUGUUCUCAAAAGAUGGAAGCAAGUUUUUUAUGACUGUUCCUGUAAAGCAAGGUGGUCGUGGAGAAUUCCAUCAUAUAGCGAUGUUCACUCUGCAGCCAAAAAGUGAACUAAGCAGCGUGCGACACCUGACAUCUGGAAACUGGGAAGUCACACAAAUCCUUGGAUACGAUGAAGUUCAUCAGAAAAUAUACUUUCUGAGUACAGAAGAUUCCCCAAGAUCAAGACAGUUGUACAGUGUUCACACUGCAGGAUCAUUUCACCGCCAGUGUCUUUCCUGUAAUUUCCAGAGAGAGAACUGCACCUACUUCAGCGCCUAUUUCAGCCCCAAUAAUGAGCACUUCAUUCUGCACUGUGAAGGUCCUAAUGUACCAAUGGUCUCGGUACAUAGCACAAGCAAUCCAAAUAGCUCCUACAUAUUGGAGAAUAAUACUGUUUUGCAUGAAUAUAUCAGAGGGAAAAGGAUCCACAACGCAGAGUACAGGACUGUUCGUAUUCAUGAUUACGAACUCACUCUUCAGUUAUCAUAUCCUGAGGGCUUUGAUGAAAACAACUUAUAUCCCGCUCUACUGAUUGUUGAUGGAGCCCCAGGGAGCCAGUUGGUUACUGAUAAGUUUUGGAUUGACUGGGAUUCAGUACUUGUCAGCUCCGAUAAUGUCAUCCUUGCUCGCUUUGACGGCCGAGGGAGUGGUUUUCAAGGGCUUAAAAUUCUUCAGGACAUCCAUCGAAAAUUGGGAACAGUGGAAGUUAAAGACCAAAUUACAGCAGUGCAAUCAUUAUUAAAAUUACCCUUCAUUGAUGCGAACAGAAUAGCUGUUUAUGGGAAGGCAUAUGGAGGCUAUGUCACAGCAAUGAUCCUUAGUUCUACAGAGAGAAUCUUCAAAUGCGGUGUUGCUGUGGCACCAAUCACAGACUGGAAAUUAUAUGCUUCUGCAUUCGCAGAACGAUACCUUGGAUUGCCGUCACGAGAUGUAAAUGUUUAUCAAGAGUCGAGUGUCCUACAAAAUUCCAAUGAAAUGAAGGAUGUAAAUUUUCUGAUCAUACAUGGGACAGCUGAUGCAAAUGUACAUUUUCAACACACAGCAGAGCUGAUACAACACUUGAUGAAAGCUGAAAGAAACUACACUAUGCAGAUUUACCCAGAUGAAGGCCACUUUAUUACAGAUGAAAAAAGCAAACGGCAUAUGUACAGUGCAAUCCUCAACUUCUUCAGAGAGUGCCUCAAGCAAGAAAUGCCUGUAUUACAGAAAGAACCAGAGGAGGAUGAAUAAAAUGAGGAACAAUUCUCUAAGUAUCUUUGUAAAGACAAAACUAACAGUCUGGAACACUCAAAACCCCGCAUCAAAUACCACUGUUAGUGGAAAUGUGGAAGUGAGAGGGCAACUACAAGAAAUUUACAGGAACAGCACAUUAUAGAGAUUACAAAUCUGAUAACUGGCAAAAAGGACUUGAAAUUAAUGUGCCAGGUCCAAGAUUAUCUGAAAAGAAACAGCAAAACUGUUUUGGGAGUGCAUCAAAUCGUUAGUACACCUUAAAAAAGCAGAAUUCCAAUUGUGCAAAUGUAACUUACACCUACAGCUUUUAUGCAUGUGUGUUUUAUUUGGCCUCACUACUGUAUAUGUUAAUAACUGAAGUAUGAACAAACAUUGAAAAUGCACAUAUUUAUUUUAUUUUUAAUUUUGUUCUAUCAUUUGCACAAAAUGUGGCAUAAAAUUAUUAUGUGCAUCCUUUUGUCAGACAUUGUGAUUUGCAGAUUUAAAACCAAGUUCUCUUUAUAUCAUAAUAAAUAAAUAGAAUUUAUACAAUUC